CCAUUUCUUAAUAGUAUUUUAGGAACUCUUCAUUUUUUUGUGUAUACAGAGUGGCUUCCUUGUAUCUGGCUCAAUGCAUCAAUCUCAAAGUUGUUUCAUUUUCUUCCAUGGCGCGUCUUAUGUUUCUUUACGCAUUUCCUGUUGUGCUCGGCACAUUUAAGAAGGACAUAAAGACUCGUUUUGGUUCUGACUGUACGUGGGACGUAGUAAAGCACCCAGCACGUCGACUAGUUUUAGAAACCUGUGUGAGCCGUUGUGUGUGGGUGGUCUCUUGUGUACGACGUCCAACCACACCUGCAGAUAGUUUAAGAGGAAGAUUUCUUCCUACUGCCUUUGAUAUGGAAAAUUCAGCACUAUUGCCGAGCGAAGUUGGUUUGAGCGAGGAAGAGAAUGUAGAAGCUCUAGCGGAAAGAGAGAAACAAGGAAUUAUUUCCCCACCGUUUGGUAGAGAAGGUUUGAAGCCGCCAAGUCGUAUUUUCUGGAACCGUCACUCUCAAGCAGCGAAACUUCGAUGGGAGAACGAUGAAAAUUUUCGAAGAAGAAAGAGGUUAUGGCUGAAGAGUGGAGCUGAAACGCGAAAGUUGAGACAAGCUUCGAAGAUAAAACCGGAACCGCAGAGGAAGAGAGACUACAUCUUCAGUGAGGAGGGAAGAGCUAGAAAGCGCGAAAAACUACAGAAGAGACACCGUAAUUUUGUUGAGUGGAUGCAAGAACGUUUGGAUUCUGGUGAAGAGUUGAGAAGAAGAAUCUAUGACGAUGAAUAUAAAAAGAUAUUGCAAAAGGAGCGUUCUAGGAUAGCAAGAGAGAGACACAGAAAAAGACUGGAAAAAUUGUCAAAGAGCGAUGAAGAGAUGGAAUAAGAAUUGUUCUUAUUGAAUAGAUUGAAUCGUUAGAACUUAGUUUCGAUUCUUUUAUCGCACUCCAUUCAGUUUGGUUUAUGGCAAGUGAUAACUAGUUUUCAAGUUGUUAGUAUUUGGCUCACAACAUUUGAAACA